AUGGCGUCGAUGCCAUUGGCGUACAGCUACGGACCCAGCGCGUCUGCAAGACCGCCACGCAACUACUGGGUCGCCCCCGAGGCGCUCAAAGCCAACGAUGCGGGCGCGGCCACCGACAUUUACCAACUGGGCGUCGUCCUCAUCGAGCUCAUGUGGCGCAAAAAGCACGGCUGCAUGGACCAGUUUGCCGUAUCCAUCAUGGACGUUCAAGCAGGCACGGCGACGAACGGCCUCCUCGGCGAACCGGAUUGGUACCAAGACCUCGCGCUUCGCUGCGUGGCCCACACGCCGUCGAUGCGACCAACCGCCGCCGAGAUCGUAGGCAUCUUCGAACAACACACUGUUGAUGUACAUAUUGCCGCAUGAAAAUCGGACCUCUCCAAGUCGUGGCCAAGGGCAUGACAGACAAUCGACUCGACCUCCC